CAUUUCCUCAACGAGAAGAGGAGAACAUCGAAGCGAGGUAAAGAAACAGAGGAAAGCAUAAAAUUGGUCAAUAACAUUAAGAAGAAAAUUAGAGACAAUAAUUUGACAGUGGUUAAGGCAGAUAAAGGGUCAUGCAUGGUAAUUUUAGAUAGGAGCCUUUACAUCAGUAAGGUGGAAGAAUUCUUGAAUGAGAAGGGAUUUGUGAAAUUGGAUAGCAACCCCACUUCACGACUUAUCAACAAAGUGAAGAACUUCAAAGUUUCAAAAGAGUUUGAAGAUGAGUUUGGUAAAUAUAGGAAUCUAAUCCUUCCACACCCAAAAAUUCCUAAGUUAUACGGUCUUCCUAAACUCCAUAAAGACAAUAUACCUAUAAGACCCGUCGUGAGCUACAUAAACACUCCGGUUUACAAAAUAAGUAAGUUCCUAAGUGACAAGUUAAAGGAUUUAACAGAGUUCAAACCCACCUAUAGUAUAAAGAAUAGUGUUCAAUUAGCAGAAUCAUUGAAAGACUUACAAAUUCCGGAGGGUGCUAAACUAAUUUCCCUCGAUGCUAAAAACAUAUAUACUUCUAUUCCUCCAGAUGAAUGUAUCACAAUAAUAGACAAAAAGUUAACGGAGAAAAACAUAACACCUGAAUUGAAAAAGGAUAUUACAAGCCUUUUCAAAAUAUCCUUAGAGCAAAACUUUUGCCAAUUUAACAAUGCUGUUUAUAAAUUUGAUAAGGGUUUACCAAUGGGUGCACCUCCAUCAUCCCUGAUGGCAGAAAGCUUUAUGGAUCACUUGGAGGAAAUAUUGUUUAAUUUGAAGACUCCCAUUAUACGUCACAUUUUCAAAUAUUACAGAUAUGUAGACGAUAUUUUGAUCAUAUUUACAGGUGGCACAGAUCUCAUUUGGGUGUUGUUGGAAUUAUUCAACUCAUUACAUAAAAACAUUCACUUUACACUGGAGAUUGGUUUCAACCAGAUCAACUUUCUAGAUUUGACACUAACCUUGGAAGAAGACAGAAUACCUGUGGAUGUAUAUAGAAAAGAAUCCCAAACAGUAGCAAUAAUAAAUGAAAGCUCGAACCACCCUGCUUACCACAAAUUUGCUGCCCUCAACACUUACUUGCACAGACUAUUGAGUUUACCAUUGAGUAGAAGAAAUUUUGAUAAAGAGUUGGAAAUAAUAGAGCAUAUUGCUUACAAAAAUGGUUACAGGUCAAAUGUGGUUGACCGGUUGUUGAUGAGGAAGUUCAUAAUAUUACACAAAGAUGAUUCUAGGGAUAAUAAACAACCAGCGAAGAGAUUAUCGCUACCAUUCUACGGAAAAAUGUGUUAUCCCAUUGCGAAAAUAUUUAGAAGACACAACAUAGACAUAGUAUUCAAGGCCAACAACUGCCUUUACAACUAUCUGCUGAACUGUAAGGAUGUGACCCCGACAUUUUAA